CAAUGACACUUGGGGUGCCUAACGUCUGAGCGACAGAGAUUGGGGAACCACUCUGAAGUUGUUAAAUGGGAAGUUGGUGUGGACACUGCAGAUCUGUUUUCUAUUCCUCCUACUCGACACAAGUCAAUAUAGAUGCACUGGAGCAGAACUUGGGACCUUUGAGGAGAGCAUGUGUCUAAAUCUGAAGGAAACUUGGGACAUUACUCAGACUUCAGGAGACGAGUGGUCUUGCUUCUUACCUCGGGGAGAGAUUGCAAGUGCGGAAUGUAUGUUGACGGUCGUUCCCCACGACUGAAGCGAGAAAUUUGCAGUGCACAAGUUGGACUGUCUUUCCCCAGUGAAUAACUGCUACCUCUUACUCUCCUGGGCUUCUUAAGUGAGGUGAGGCUGACAAAGAAGCAGAAAUGGAUGUGUUUGGUGGUGCACCACGUUUUUUGGCCUAUCCAAGACCUGUGAUGGUACAAAGCGGAACUGAUGCAGUCCUAAAGUGUCAAAUUGGCGGGGAUCCAAGACCUGCAGUUAUCUGGGAGCGAAACAAUGAAAAGAUCGACCCACAGGGACGAUAUAGGGUGUUUGAGGAUGGAAAUGUUUACAAUCUGAUCAUUUCAGCUGUGACCACAGAGGAUAGUGGCCAGUACAUAUGCAAAGCAAAGAACAGCAUUGGGGAAACAUAUGCAGCAGCCACACUGAAGGUGGAAGGUGAGGCACAAGAAAUGGAGUUACGAGAGGAAAAUAAGCCACGAUUCCUCAUCAAGCCCCUCUCCACUCGCGUUGGCCGUGGGGAUGAUGCUGUCUUCUCUUGUAAGCUCUGGGGAAACCCACGACCAGAGGUUGUCUGGGAAAAGGAUGGCAGGAAACUCAAUGAAAUAUUUGAAAGCACACAUUAGUGUGGCUACCAGGACGGUGGAUGGUUCCAGCUCAAGAUUUUUAAGACUCGUGCGCCAGAUGGUGGUGUAUAUACAUGCAAAGCCAGGAAUGAGUUCGGGGAAGCAUUGGCAGGAGCAGUGUUGCUCGUUGAUGCAGGCCCAGGACAUGAGGAAGAAGGAAAUCGUAAUGGCUACACAAAUGGUCACUGGAAAGCCCAACAGGGAAAACAGAGGACCGGAAGGCAAGUGCAAAACCGGCUCAAAGACGACACCAUGACCAAGUCAACUAAAGUGAAAAUUUUUGCCGUGACAGAGGGUAAACAUGCCAAAUUCCGCUGCUUUGUGACUGGGAAACCCAAACCAGAAAUAAUUUGGAGGAAAGAUGGCAGGCUGAUACUGUCCGGAAGGCGUUAUUUGUUAUAUGAGGACAGAGAAGGAUACUUCACACUUAAAGUUCUGUACUGUAAGCAGAAGGAUAACGGAGUUUAUGUUUGUGCUGCAUCAAAUACUGCAGGGCAAACCCUCAGUGCCGUACACCUCUCCGUAAAAGAGCCGCCUGUGCGGUUCAAGCAGCCUCUUAUUGAUCUAGAAGUAUGGGAACGAGAUUUGGCUGUUCUCGAGUGUGAAGUUCCAGAGGACUCUGUUCCCAUCACAUGGUAUCUGGAGGAUAGACGAUUGCAGCCAGGGGCCAAAUAUGGAAUGGAGGAGUGGGGAACAAAACGGCGACUAACUAUCCGUGACAUUGGAGUUGACGAUGAUGGGAUUUACCUCUGCGAGAUGCCCGAUGGGGGGAGAAGCAUUGCAGAGGUAGCUGUGAAAGGGACAAUUUUGCGGAAGCUUCCAAGAAAAGUGGAUGUAUUGGAAGGUGAAAAUGCUGCCUUUUGUGUUGAAGUGGAGAAAGAGGAAAUGGACAUACAUUGGUACAAAGAUGGCAUAGAGCUGCGUGAAACCCAUCAGACCAUCCUAAAGUCCUUUGGGAGAACUCACAUCCUGGUUUUUGUUAAUACAAUGCCCCAAGACUCUGGCCUUGUAAUUUUCCUUGUAGGCAGAUCCAAGACUUCCUCUCAGCUGAGAGUGAAAGCGGCCAGACACUGUCCUCCCAGUUGUCCAGUGGGUGUGCAGAUCAACACAGAGCGGGCUAAUGCUGCUCUUCUUUCAUGGGUUCCUGCUCAGGACUCGCGAAAGAACCCUCCAUCUGGAUAUGUGCUUGAGCGACAAGAAGUGGGCACUGGCUCACAGGAGUGGCUACAGUGCCUGACCACUGAUUCCGCAACUUCUGUGGAGAUCCUUGGUGACAGCGUACCAUGUGAAGCUGAUUAUCGAUUUCGAAUUUGCAGUGUCAACAAAUACGGAAAGAGCAACAAUGUUGAGUUCCCUAGAGCUGUUCAUUUGGUUCCAGUUGCCAGAAUACAAGCUCCCUUACAGGAUGCCUUAGUGCCAGAGGGGCAAGAUGCCCUCUUCUCUAUUGAACUCUCUGCUUCAGUUAUUGGUACAUGGUUCUUAAAUGGUACUCAACUUCAGGAUGAUGAACGUUAUUCCAUGCGUCGGUCACGAACACACCAAUCUCUUCGCAUUCGCGGAGUACGUGAUACAGACAAUGGAGCUGAGAUCACAUUUAUUGCCUAUGGCAUCCGGGAUUCUGCAGCACUGUACAUUCAAGCUCCUCUUGUCAAGUUUUCAUCACUGUCAGAGAUGGAUCGAAACAAAUUUGUAGAAAUUGGGAACCCCAUUGUUCUCUACUGCGAGCUGUCAGACCCUGCAGCUCCAGUGCACUGGUACAAGAACGGGGUGGAAUUACAAACAGUGGAUGGUCUUCAUAUCCAAUCAGAGGGUACCAUGAGAAGAAUUGUCAUCCAAUCAGCAGAAUUCUCGCAUUCAGGAGUGUAUUGCUGUGAUGCCAUUGAUGACGUCAUCAGGUUCAAUGUGGAAGUAGAGGCCCCACCUGUGAAGUUUUCAGCAAUUCCAGAUGCUGAGAGGAACAAAACCAUCCACACAGGCUACCCCAUUGUUUUACAAUGUGAGCUCUCAGAUCCUUCUGCUCAGGUGAACUGGUACAAAGAUGGGUCAAAGCUCCAUCCUCAAACUGGAGUAGAUAUUCUAACUGACGGCUUGGCGAGAAAACUGAUUGUCCAUUCAGCAGAAUUUUUCCACUCUGGGUUAUACUGCUGCAAGACAAAGGGUGACACCAUCACGUUCAGUGUGGACAUCAAAGCUCCACCUGUGAGGUUCUCAGCAAUUCCUGAAGAAAUGAGGACGAAGUCGAUCGAAGCAGGCCAACCUAUUGUACUCCAGUGUUUGGUGUCAGAUCCUGAGGCCCACGUUUGCUGGUACAAGGAUGUAAUGCAGCUCAUUUCAAACUCUGGAUUAGAAAUCCUCUCAGAGGGCAACACAAGGACUUUAAUUGUUCAGUCUGCAGAGCUGUCCCACUCUGGUGUGUACAGAUGUACCACACAGGAUGAUACCAUGGAGUUUCAAGUGGAGAUCAAAGCUAUACCAGUGACGUACUCUACUGUCUUUGACGUUGAGAGAACCAAGUCAAUUGAAGCGGGCAAACAUUUGGAGCUGGAAUGUGAGGUUGCAGACUCCACUGUGCCUGUCUGCUGGUAUAAAGAUGGUGUAAAGCUCUUCCCACAGAAUGGUUGGGAUAUACAGAGUAAUGGCACGUUGAGGAGGCUCGUUAUCCCAUCUGCUGAGUUCUUGCACUCAGGGCUAUACAGCUGUGAAACCUCUGCUGACACUAUCCACUUCACUGUGGAUAUCAAAGCUCCGCCUGUGAGAAUUGCAACACUUUAUGAGACUGAGAGGAACAAGUCUGUUGAAGUUGGUGAACCCAUAGUGCUGCAAUGUGAGAUAUCAGAUCCUAACGCCCAAGUUACUUGGUACAAGGAUGGAAUAAAACUACAUGAAGCAGUUGGGCAAGACAUGCUGGCAGAGGGUUCCAUAAGAACGCUGGCUUUCCAGUCGGCGAUGCUGUCUCAUGCAGGGAUUUACAGCUGCAAGACAACAGAUGAUGAUAUGCAGUUUCAUGUGGAUGUUAAAGCUCCACUUGUGAAGUUUUCAGCUUUAUCUGAGGCUGACCAGAAAAAGGCGGUCAUGGCCGGCUGUCCCAUUGCUCUACAAUGUGAGCUGUCAGACCCCACUGGACAAGUCAGUUGGUACAAGGAUGGAACAAAGCUCCUGCCUCAAAAUGGAGUAGACAUCCAGUCCGAGGGACAUUUGAGGAGUCUAGUUAUCCCGUCAGCAGAGCGGGCUCACACUGGCAUGUACCGUUGUGAGUCAAAGGAUGAUGACAUCCAGUUCGCUGUGGAAGUAAAAGCACUACCUGUGAAGUUCUCAGAGCUUCAAGAGACUGACAGGAACAAGUUCGUCCAAGAAGGCUCUCCCGUUGUCCUUAGCUGUGAACUCUCUCAUGAUCCUUCUGCUCAUGUCGACUGGUUCAAGGAUGGAAUGAAACUCCUACCACAAAACAAUAUGGAAAUACAGUCAGAUGGCCUAACAAGGACACUACUCAUCCAUUCAGCUGAAAACAUAAAUGCUGGCACCUAUGCAUGCUCAACAUCAGAUGACACCAUCACAUUUAAAGUGGACGUAAAAGGCCGAUCGCCACAGAUCAUGCCAAUGGCACUGUCUGAAAAACACAAGAUCAUUGCAAUUGGUUGUCCAAUUAUCCUGCAGUGUGAGGUCUCAGAUCCUGUUGCCCAGGUUUCCUGGUUUAAAGAUGACGUGGAGCUUUUUUGCAAAACUGGCCUAGAUAUGAAAAGAGACGGGAGCCUGAGAAAAUUAAUGAUUCAUUCUGCUAAGGUCUCUGACUCUGGCCUCUACAGCUGUAGCCUUGCUGAUGAUGUUGUGACAUUCCAUGUGGACGUCGAAGCUACUCCUGUGAGGUUUUCAUCAUUACCAGAUGUCGCAAGAAACAAAUUUGUUGAAGCAGGCUGCCCGAUUAAGCUGCAAUGUGAAGUCUCAGAGCCAACUGCCCAGGUCUACUGGCACAAGGAUGGAGAACAGCUACUUUCAAAGAGUGAAUAUGAAAUCCUAACAAAAGAAAAACUGAGAGCGCUGGUUAUUAAAUCAGCAGAAGUCAGACACGCUGGCUUGUACAGCUGUGAGGCCGCAGAUGACCAUAUAGAAUUCAAGGUGGAUGUUGCAGAGCCACCAGUAACAUUUGCUGAUAUCCCAGAAGAGGACCUUUUCAAGAGUGUUGUGGAACAAGAACCGCUUGUUCUCAUCUGUGAAGUAUCAAGGGCUGAUGGUGUUGUCCAGUGGUACAAAGAUGGAACUGAGAUGCAACCAAGAAAUAAUGUCACAAUGAAGGAAGAAGGCACCAAAAGGAAUCUGACAAUUCAUUCUGCCCAACUGUCCGACACAGGCACAUACACAUGCCGUGCAGGAGACAAUGUUUUAAUGUUCAAGGUUAACAUAAGAGAACCUCCGGUGAUGAUAAUCUACCCGAAGGAGGAUGUCCACCUUGAUCGUCACGUCCCUGAGGAAAUUAUUCUGAGUUGUGAAUUGUCUCGUCCCAACGGUGCUGUCAGCUGGUACAAAGAUGGUCAAAAGCUGCAGGAGAGUGAGAACAUCAAGCUGAAGAUUGAAGGCCCCUAUCGACGACUGAAGAUUCUUUCUAGUGGAGUCGAAGAUUCUGGAGAAUACGUCUGUGAUACGGCUGACGAUUCAAUAUUCUUUCACCUUAGUAUUACAGAACCUCCAGUGCUGAUUGUGUCUCCAAGUCAGUCCCAAAUGGAACUUUGCCAGCAGACCUCUGAGAGGAUGGUACUGAGCUGUGAGAUCUCACGGCCCAAUGCAGUGGUGCGUUGGUAUCGAGACGGACUCGAAGUGGAGGAGAAUGACAACCUUAUUCUGGAGGUGGAUGGUGUCUACAGAAGACUUAUUAUACCUGAAACUACUGUCAAAGAUUCCGCCGAAUACGUCUGUGAUACUGCGGAUGACUCCAUGACAUUCUUCGUAAACAUAGCAGAGCCUCCUGUUCGCUUCAUACGGCCAAGGAAGAUGGCAAGUAGAGUAGAGAAACUUGUUGGGGAGACUCUGGUUCUAGACUGUGAGGUUUCAAGAUCAAAUGCUGAGGUCACCUGGAAGAAGAAUGGGGAAGAAGUAGAAGACUCCAGAAAUAUCACCAUCCUUGAGGAUGGUGUCAUGCGUCAGUUAACCAUUCACUCACUAACCGUGGAAUGUUCUGGGCAAUAUGUCUGUGAUGCAAAGGAUGAUGUGAUGGAUUUCCAUAUUAAUGUGCAAGAUUUGCCUGUAAAGAUUCUUGGAAAAACAGCCGCAAAAACAGAAAAGCAGUUCUUAGUUUCAGAUGACAUUAUUCUAGUAUGUGAACUAUCAAGAUCCAACGCUUCAGUCAGUUGGUACAAAGAUAAUCAGCUAAUUGAUGACACUGAGCGAUACUGUAGCGAGGAGCAAGGCGUUUUCCGAUCACUGGUAGUCCUAAAUGCUGGGCUCGAAGAUUCUGGAGAGUACACCUGUGAUGCUGUGGAUGAUAAGAUGGUCUUCUAUAUCACUGUCAAAGAGCCUCCGGUACAGAUCAUUGGAAACUCCGGCCAUCCGGAGCAUCAUAUCCUGGUAGCUGGAGAUGACCUUAUAUUAGAGUGUGAGGUGUCUCAGCCAAACGCCACCGUUCAGUGGCUAUGGGAUGGCAAAGUACUGAAACCAGACACUCGUAUAAAAAUUGACAGCUACGACGUUGUGAGGAAGCUUGUUCUCUCUGGACUCCAGCCCUCAGACUCUGGAAAAUACAUUUGUGAUGCCAUUGAUGACAAAUUGGUAACAAUUGUUGAGGUUCAAGAGCCACCAGCCAAGUUUGUGAAUAAAAUAGUAAAUAACAACAUCUCAGGCUAUGAAAAUGGGAGUGUCACACUGUCUGCCAUUGUGAGCCGAGAAAGAGCUAAUGUUCGGUGGCUGAAAGAUGGCCAACUAUUGAACGGGGACAACAUUCACAUAUCCAGUGAGGGUAAUACCCACAAGCUCACCAUUAAUCCCCUGCAGCUGUCAGAUUCUGGAGAAUAUGUCUGUGAUGCAAACACAGAUGAGAUGUAUUUCAGUCUUUUAGUCAAAGAAAUGACGGUGAAAUUUAUCAGACCAUUGGAGAACAUUGUGUCUCUGAAAGGCAGCAGCCUUAUGUUACGUUGUGAGAUCAACAAGCCCAAAGGAGAUGUCCAGUGGCUAAAAGAUGGCAAAGAGGUCUCUCCAAGCCGUCGGCACACGAUAAGGGCACAAGGUCGAGAGCGAAGCUUUACUAUCCACCAACUGCUGGAAGAAGAUGCUGGAGAAUAUGCUUGUGAAUCCACAGAUGACAGGACCUCAGCUACUGUCACUGUAGAAACUCCCCGUGUAUUCGAGUUCAUAGCGGAGCUUCGUAACAUCACUGUCUGUGAGGGAGAAGAUGCUAUAUUUAAGUGCGUGGUUUCACCAGAGGACACUCAGUUGGUGUGGCGCUUAAAUGGAAAGCAAGUAGCUCUGAAUGAGCGCGCUGUCAUUUCAAGCAACGGACUAUGCCACAUGCUCUGCAUCCACAACUGCAUGGUUUCAGAUAGCGGCAGAGUGACAGCUGAUGCAGAGGGGUUGGUAUCAGAGGCAGAACUCCAGGUUCAAGAGCAACAGGUGUUGUUCACCAAGAAAAUGACACCAUUUGUAGCUGAGGAGUACAGUGAGGCAACUCUAGAGGUGGAGGUGAGUCUAGAUUCGGGAGAGGUGCAGUGGAUGAGGCAAGGGAUGCUGAUCCACCCUGGAGCCAAGUAUACUGUGAAACACAAGGGCCGAAAACACAGUCUCACCAUCCACAAACUGGCCAUGUCUGACCGGGGCACCUACAGCUGUGAAACCCUCCAUGACCGCACGCAAGCCCAGCUCACAGUGGAACCUCGAAAAAUCACAAUCAAGAGAGGGCUGACUGACGUAAAAACCACAGAGAGAGAAACGACGUCUUUUGAGGUGGAGCUCUCCCAUCCCAAUGUCCCUGGCACCUGGAAGAGGAACGGAAUCCAGCUUAAGCCGACAAAUCACUUCCGUAUGAGUGCCAAAGGAGAAGUCCACAGCCUCACUAUCUCUAACCUCUCAGUAGAAGACACUGGCACCUUUAUGUUCUGUGUAGAGAAUUUGAAGACGUCUGCAAGGCUUGUUGUGAAGGAGCCCCCAGUGACAAUUUUCAGAAAACUGGAAGACCAGAAAGUACCUGACGGGGCGGUAAUCUCCAUAGAGUGUGAGCUAUCAAGACAUAAUGUUGAUGUGAAAUGGAUGAAGGAUGGGGUUGAGGUGAAGCCAGGCAAGGACUUGCGCAUUUAUGCAAUGGGAAGGAAGCGUUUUCUUCAGAUCAUGAAAUGUCGCGUCAGUGAUUCUGGCAUAUACACCUGCGAUGCCGGAGAUGUUACUACAUCCUGCGCUGUGGAGGUCUAUGAGCGUGAGCUGCUCACCCUGCAGGGCCUCCAGGACCUGGACAUCCAGGAAGAUCAGAAUGCUGUGUUUGUUUGUGAGCUCUCAGUGGAGGAUGUACAGGGAGAAUGGUACAGAAAUGGGGAGAGGAUACAACCCACCAGCACCAUCAAGAUCCGCCAGGAAGGCACCAAACAUUUUCUUCUGAUGUGCAAUGUGCGAGCAGAGGACUCUGGAGAGAUCAAGUUCGUCGCCAGACAUGUUGAAUCAGUCGCUUACCUGGAGGUGGAAGAGCUCCCUGUCAACAUUGUGAAACCUCUGCAGGAUAAGACCGCCCUUGAGAAGAGCCGUGUGAUCCUCGACUGCACUGUGUCUAACCCCAGAUGUAGUAUCCGCUGGUACAAAGGCAGCAAUGUCAUCCUGCCCUCCGAGCGCUUUGAGAUCUGCAGUGAAGGCUGUUACCGCAAACUGAUCCUCCAGCAGGUGGCGCUAGACGAUGAGGGCAUGUACAGUGUGCAGGUUGGAGAGUAUACAUGCUCUGCAAAACUGACAGUGGAGGCCCAGUCGGUGUUAAUGGUCAGAGAACUGAAGGAUGUGGAAGUCAUGGCCCCUGAUGAAGCCUGCUUCGAAUGUGAGGUCUCGGCCCCUGUCGUCAAAUCUCCUGUGUGGAGUCUGAAUGGGGAGCCCUUAGAGCCGAGCUCACAGGUUUGCCUGGAGAGGGUGGGCACAGUCCACAGGCUGACCCUCAGACAAACCUCCCCGGACAUGAAUGGAGUGGUGGAGUUCACCGUGGGGAAAGCAAAAAGCAGAGCCCAGCUUCGGGUGCUGAGUGAUCCAUGAGUGACGUCUUCUUCAUCUGUCGUCGGCUCAUUUAAACGGAUGGAUUAUUAAACUGAUGCUUUUAAGUUGGCAUUGCUUAUGUAUUUACAAACAGUAUGUCUCUAAAAAUGGUUUAAACAGGGUUUUGAUGGAUUUCAUGCAGUUCAGUAAAUCCAGGGAGUUGGUUUUCCUUAAGCAACUUGCAUUUGAGGAACUAAAAUUCUGUUCAAAUAAAAUGUGUCAUAGUCCGUGUGUUAAUAAAUGUUAAGGGCUUCCUUUAUCAUAAUACAAAUUGCAGUUUGGAUGUAAAUAAUGUCCUGUGUGCACAGAUCUGACAGUAACUGUGUUAUGGAAAUUUAAACUGAAUGUGUAUCAGUGACAAUAAAAAUCUGAUUUGAAUACUGUAAAGAUCAAAUGACUUCACUAGUGGGAAGUAUGGUUGUUCAUGAAACAAUAUUAUGCGAGUUCAGAGUUUUACACACAGCAGUUUGAAUGCAAUCCAGCCACAAUGCAAGUCAGGAAAAAAUAAACAAAAAAAA